AUGCCCGUUACAGAAGAAACAGGAUCGGGAACACGAAACAGAAAAUUAACAGACAAAGGAAAGGUAUAUAAACAAGAACAAUACAAUAAAACAUUUAGAACACUGAAGAUAACAAGUGGUGUGAUAAGACAGAUUAUUUCUGAUAAUGAAUCUCCAGAAACAGUUAGAAGAAAGUAUGCUGCAUGGCUUGAGGAUUAUGAGCGUUUUCUUGUUAUAUUUGAUGAACUUGUCUCUCAAAUAACUGACAAGGAGGAGAGAGAAGAAUUGCUUAAGACUCAUUAUGAUUACGAUGUGUUUCUCAUGAACUUUAAGAAAGAAAUAGAGGAGUUCUUUUCCUAUCACCAGAGUGUAAAGGAGGAAUCACAAGUAGAAGCAACAAAAGAAACUGUCAGAAGCUUGAAGUCCAAGUCUCGCACAUCUAUAGCUACAAGUAUAUCAUCCAAACGCCUUGAAGAAGAACAAAGAGUAGCUGAGUUAGAAGCUCGCAAAGCAGCACUUUCCCAUAAGAAGGAGUUAGAGAUAGCGAAAGUCAAACUAAAACUUGAAGAAGAAGAGUUGGACUUGAAUACAAAUAUUGCUAUUGCGAAUGCUAAAACAGAAGUCCUUCAGAAAUAUGAAAGGUGUAGUGAUGCUGAUUUGCAUGAUGAUGUUUCUAACAUUGAUAUAGUGAAUCCUAGAACAUUAGCACCAAAACCAACGCCAAGAACGCCUUUGUUUCAUAGUGAGUUUGCAUCAGUACCGUCCUUGUUUGAGAGGCCUCUGAAUCCGAACGCAGAGACAUUCAUACCCAAGCGUGAAGAAAUUCCACCACUUGACCUUCAUUGCCUAGAUGAAACAAAACCACAGACCUCUGAAUCUGAUGCUAUGCAGUGUGUUGUACAAUACCUCCGGAAACCUGUACCAGAGAUAAAAAAAUUUGGAGGCAAUCCAUUAGAAUUUAGACGUUUCGUCAGACAGUUUAAUACCAAAGUAGUGAUGAAUACUAAAGACAAUGAUGAACGAAUGAAUUAUCUUGAGCAAAUGACUUUUGGGGAAGCAUACAGAGUAGUGUCUGGAUUUAGUCAUAUGUCAGGAGACAGAGCCUACAAAGCAGCUAUGAAUCAGCUUGAAGAGCGGUACGGAGACAGUGAGGUAAUUGCAACAGCAUUCAUAAAGAAGGCAUUAGACUGGCCAGCAGUGAAGGAUGCAAAGAUGCUAGAUGAGUUCUCCUUGUUCCUUGUGGAGUGUCAGAACGCAGCUGAAAGCAUCGAUAGUGUUUCUGUCUUAGAUUAUUCAGACAACAUAAAGAGACUUAUGACAAAACUUCCUGUGUAUAUGCAUGAUAGGUGGAGAAAUGUUGUACUGAAAACUAAAGAAGCCAAGAAGACAGUGAAGUUUAAAGAUUUUGUAAGUUUUGUGAAAACAGAAGCUAAGAAAUCGAAUGAUCCUACGUAUGGUAAUGCAUCUAUUGGUGGAAAUUCCAGAAAUCAAGAUCGUAACCAGAAGAGAGCUGUUGCGUCUACUGAUGUUACAAGUGAAGUACAAGACUUUAAUGUACGAGAACAGAAAUGUGAAUUCUGUGAAAGUAGUACCCAUGCACUGAAUGACUGCAAGAAGUUUGUAACCAAAGGACUUCAAGACAGAUACAACUUCCUGCGAAAUAAUGGACAGUGUUAUGGAUGUCUUAGGAAAGGCCACAUAACUAAAAAAUGCAAAGCAAGACUUAAGUGUUCCAUAUGCAGUAGGCGUCACCCUACGAUCCUACAUGAUCCUGCGAAAUGUGUAGCAAAACGUACAGAUGAAGACAAAGAAAACAUUAAUCCUAUGUCAACAGAUAUCAAAACUACAUGCAAGUUCUCCAAACCUCACAUCAGUGCCUUUAGUGAUAAAGGGGCCGGAGAAACAACCUGUGCUAUGGCAAUAAUUCCAGUGAGAGUAAAACUGAAAAAUAAACCGUAUAGCAUAGAAACUUAUGCAUUCUUUGACUCUGGCAGCAGUGUGUCAUUUUGUACAGAAAACAUAAUGCAUAGGCUUGGAGCAAAUGGCAAGAAGAAACAAAUCACCAUAAAGACAAUGGGGAAUUCUCAGAGGUUGAACACAUAUGUUAUCAGUGGUUUGCAAGUGUGUGGACUUUCAAUGGAACAUGUGAUUGAUCUACCGAAUAUGUAUACAAAGGAACAUAUGCCUGUAUCAAAAGAACACAUUCCAACGCAGCAAGAGUUAAAACAGUGGCCACAUCUGUCAAUAAUUCAAACAUCAGAAAUAGAUGCAGAAAUUGGAAUUAUGAUUGGAAAUAACAUACCAGAUGCCUACUCUCCAUUGGAAGUAAUUGCUGGGCCAAGUGGUUCUCCCCACGCAACAAGGACACGACUAGGAUGGAUAGUAUGGAAUGUCAUAAGAGAAAAUGCAUCAGAUACAUUUGACAUAAACAGAGUAGCUAUAGAAGAUGCUCAGGAAAGAGACAUAAACUUAGAAAAGAUGGUGAAAGAUUCCAUAAACUAUGACUUUCCAGAACGUCUUGUGGAUGAUGUAAAAGAAAACUCUUUAGAAGAUAAGAGCUUCUUAACUCAAGUUUCAGAAUCUAUUCACAUUCAGGAUGGUCAUUACUCAAUUGGACUUCCGUUUAAGGAUCCCUUAAUUCAGUUACCCAACAAUAUCAUGCAAGGAUUUCAGAGACUUGGGAGUCUAAAGAAGAAACUGAUAAAGGAUCCAAAGGUUAGAAAUGACUAUGAGACUUUUAUGAAUAAGCUGUUUGAGAAGGGAUAUGCAGAACCUGUUCCUCAAAGUCAGCUACAAAGAGAUGAUGGCAGAGUAUGGUACCUACCGCACCAUGGAGUUUACAACGAUAAAAAACCAGGGAAGAUUAGAGUUGUGUUUGACUGCUCUGCAGUGUAUAUGGGGAUUUCACUAAACAGCCAGUUACUCCAAGGACCCGAUCUUACAAAUAGUUUACUUGGUGUACUUUUAAGAUUUCGUCAGGAGAAAAUUGCUAUACAAGGAGAUAUUGAGGCUAUGUUUCACCAAGUAUUAAUCCCUGAACAAGAUCGAGACUGUUUAAGAUUUCUGUGGUGGAAGGAUGGCAAUCUGGAUUCCAACCCUGAACAAUACAGAAUGAAAGUUCACAUCUUUGGAGCCACUUCCUCUCCAACUUGCUGUAACUAUGCACUACAACAGACAGCUAAAGAAUAUGGUUCCGACUUUGAUCCUACAGUGGUGACCACAGUACUCAAGAAUAUGUAUGUAGAUGACUGUUUGGCUUCGGUUGACACAGAGAAGAAAGCGGCCUUACUCAUUAAAGAUCUGUCUACACUUUGUAGCAAAGGUGGUUUUCAUCUGACAAAAUGGAUUAGUAACUCAAAACAAGUCUUAGAAUCUGUUCCAGAAGAUGAUCGAGCUAAAGAUGUGCAGGAAUGGAACCUCGAAGGUGAAAGUGAAACACUUGUAGAACGUGCACUAGGUGUGUACUGGCUUGUUAACAGUGACCAUUUAGGAUUUCUGAUAAACAUUAAAAAUCAGCCAACAACCAGAAGAGGAAUUUUAUCAAUAGUGAGCUCAAUAUUUGAUCCUCUUGGUAUCGUGUCACCUUUUGUGAUGACAGCAAAGACACUUCUUCAAAAAAUGUGCAAAAAUUCAAUUGGAUGGGAUGAAGAGAUUAAAGGAAGUCAGCUUAAGGACUGGAAAAAUUGGCUGACACAAGCAAAAGAACUUGAAAAUGUAACACUUGAAAGAUGCUACAAGCCACAAGACUUCGGGAGGACGACAUGUCAGGAGUUGCACUGUUUUGCAGAUGCAAGUGAAGUUGGAAUAGGAGUUGUUAUAUAUCUACGACUCAUCAGUGAGACUGGACAAAUCCACUGUUCCUUUGUUCUUGGAAAGUCAAGAGUGGCACCGUUAAAAACAGUGACAAUACCGAGGCUUGAGUUGACGGCAUCAACUUUAGCAGUGAAAUUAUGCAAGAUAGUUACAAAACAAUUGGAAUAUCAAGUUGAUCAAGUUUACUUCUGGACAGAUAGCAUGUCAGUUCUUCGUUACAUAAAUAACACAAAAACUCGUUUUCAAACAUUUGUUGCCAAUAGGCUUGCCAUAAUUCAUGCAGCAACUACAGUCAACCAGUGGCACUAUGUCAACUCUAAAGAUAAUCCAGCAGACUCUGCGUCAAGGGGAAUACCAGUAGUAAGUAGAUUUCUUGACUCAGCAGCAUGGUUCAGUGGUCCUGAGUGGUUAUGGAAAGCAGAUGUUUCAUGGCCGUCUACUGAAAUCAUUAGCGACUCAUCAGAAAUUAACAGUGCUGAAAUAAAGGACAGCGUCAACACAGCAGUUGAAACAGAAACAGUAGAAGGAAUGGAGAGAUUACUCCAGCACUUCUCUUCCUGGAAAAAGCUGAAAACAGUGACUGGAUGGCUACUCUUAGCGCGAGAAAACCUCAAAGGAAUAAUGAAGAGGAAAAGAGAAUGGAGAUCAAGAAUGAUAUCGGAGGGAUUGACAGAAGAGAAAAUACAAGAAUUAGAAAUGAAGGAAAAGCAUAACAGAUUGAAAAAUGAUACACAAAGACCUUCAUUAAAUGUAGACAUUCUUGACAGAGCAGAAACAGACAUUUUGAAGUAUGUGCAGAUGAAGCAUUUUGCCCAAGAAUUUAAAGACUUGAAUUCAAGUGAAAAUGGAGUUGUUAAAAGGUUAUCAAGAUUAGCCAAGUUAGACCCAAUUGUUCACAAUGGAGUUCUACGUGUAGGCGGUAGACUUAAGAAACUGGAUACAACUCUUAACAGUAAACAUCAAAUUAUUAUUCCCAAAGAGUCUGUAUUAGCCAGGUUAAUAGCAGAGGAAGCACAUAAAUCUGUCGGACACUUGGGAAAAAAUUCAACGCUGGCACUUAUUCGUGAGAAAUAUUGGAUUCUUGGUGUGUCAUCAAUUUUGAAGUCCAUCAUUUCCAGAUGUGUUAUAUGCAGAAGAUAUCAGGCACCUACUUUGAAACAGAAAAUGGCAGACCUUCCCAGCGAGAGACUGAAACCUGAUGACCCCCCUUUUACUCGAGUGGGAAUGGAUUAUUUUGGUCCAUUUGAGCUUAAAAGAGGAAGAAGCAUAGUAAAACGGUACGGUGUCAUAUUUACUUGUCUAUCUUCCCGAGCAGUACAUUUAGAGGUUGCCUUUUCCUUGAAUACAGACUCCUGUAUUGACGCCAUUCGAAGGCUUAUUGCACGACGAGGAAAACCAACUUAUAUAGUGUCUGAUAAUGGAACGAAUCUGGUAGGUGCUGAACGUGAGCUAAGAACAGCACUUCAUUCCUGGAAUACGAACAGCAUUUCCAGUCAAUUAUUACAGUCAGGAAUUGAAUGGAGCUUUAAUCCACCGGCUGCGUCUCACUUUGGAGGAGUAUGGGAACGCCUCAUCAGGAUAGUCAGGAAAAUCAUGUAUUCUGUUCUACAUGAACAAACAAUUCAUUUGGAUGAUGAGGGACUGUUAACCUUGUUUUGUGAAAUUGAAGCUAUUAUGAAUGGACGACCCCUUACAGAAGCUUCAGAUGAUCCGAAUGACCUUUGUGCACUUACACCAAAUCAUAUACUACUCAUGAGAUCAGGAGAGAGCUUUCCCCCUGGAAUUUUCCAUACAUCUGACAACUACGCAAAACGUCGAUGGAAGCAGAUUCAGUAUUUGGCUGAUGUUUUCUGGACACGUUGGAUCAGAGAAUAUGUACCCCUUCUCCAACAGAGACAGAAGUGGCUGAAGCAGGAAAGAAACUUACAAGAGGGUGAUUUAGUUCUCAUUGUGGAAAACACUCCAAGAAACGCAUGGAAUCUUGGUAGAGUGCUCGAAGUGAUAAAGGACAACUAUGAUGUUGUGCGUGUUGCAAGGAUAAAGACAGUGUCUUCCAUUAUUACGCGGCCAGUGACAAAACUUUGUCUUCUUUUGGAAACAGAUUGUGAAAAAGAGAAAACAAAUCAGUGA